UAUGGCGACGACGCUGGCGGAUAAGGAAAUGGAAACGAAGCAGGAGCUCCGAGAGCGGGAGGCAAAGGCUUUGGAGGAUCGAAAGGAGCGCAAGAUCUAUGAGAACUUUGCCACACCUCUGGCAGGCACUUUCCUGAACUUGCCCCGCGAACCUGUAGAGAUCAAAUGCCCCGCCUGUGGCAUCAAGGAUCUGAGUGUGGUGCAGAAUGAUCUCAAGUGGUGGGCCAGUGAAAUCAAUCGCAUUGUGGGCUGUCUUUUUGUGAGCUUUUGUUGCUGCUGCUGUUUCAACUACUUUGUGCCCUGCAAGCAAACAGAUCGAAGCCAUUACUGCGGCAACUGUGGCUGUUACUUUGGACGCUCGAUGAAGAGGAGGGAACCACUGAAAUUAAAGGCAACCACCGCCUAGCAUAGCAGCAUAGCUCGCACAUUUUUUUGAAAUUUUUCUGAACAACCAAAUGCCCACCCACUGGAAAUCCAUCAAAACAAAAAUAAAACUGAAAAGAUCA